AUGUCAUUCGAACAAUCUUUACUGGCACAAAGUGAAAUACAAGCAAUUUUGGUCCGGUUUUUAAUACCGCCUUCGACCUCAAACACAUCUAACGCAAGUACACCCUCAGUUAUGACUCCCCGACCGCAACGCGAACAGCAUAAUGUUUACGUACUGGAAACCCAAGAUGCUUCUCAGUUAGUCUUGCAGAAUGAUGUAGUUUAUAUACAAGAAACUCAAGAUCCUUCUCAAUCAAUCUUGCAAACUGAUGGCAAUGUUGAAACUCAAGAUGUUUCACAAUUUUACUUACAAAGUGAAGUUGAUGAUCAAGAAACCCAAGAAGCAACUCAAUCAAUCUUAUCCCAAGCUUGGAAUUCUACAAAUAUUUAG